AACACAAAGCUAUGGCAACCGCCGUGCUUACGAGACCCGUGCGGAACCUUAUAAAUGCAGUACAGUGUGUGCGACUUCUUCGCACACAGGCCACCGUCAUGUUUGCAAAGGAAAACUACGACUACGAUCUGGUGGUGAUUGGGGGCGGAUCCGGUGGUUUGGCAUGCGCCAAGCAGGCAGUGCAGCUCGGUGCCAAGGUGGCCGUGCUGGACUUCGUGAAACCGUCGCCACGUGGCACCAAAUGGGGCCUCGGCGGUACCUGCGUUAAUGUAGGCUGCAUUCCGAAGAAGCUGAUGCAUCAGGCGUCGCUGCUCGGUGAAGCAAUACACGACUCGCAACCGUACGGCUGGAAGCUGCCGGAACCGGAAUCGAUCCGGCACGAUUGGGGCACGCUGACCGAGUCCGUCCAGAACCACGUAAAGUCGGUAAACUGGGUGACACGUGUCGAUCUGCGCGACCAGAAGGUAGAGUACGUGAAUGGACUCGGCUACUUCAAGGACGAACACACCGUGGUGGCGGUCAUGAAGAACCAAACCGAGCGCGAACUGCGUGCCAAGCACGUGGUGAUUGCUGUCGGUGGACGGCCCCGCUAUCCGGACAUUCCGGGUGCGGUCGAGUUUGGCAUUACGAGCGAUGACAUUUUCAGUCUGCCGCAUGCACCCGGCCGAACGCUGCUGGUCGGUGCCGGAUACAUUGGGCUUGAGUGUGCCGGCUUUCUCAAAGGCCUCGGAUACGACGUGACCGUAAUGGUCCGUUCGAUUCUGCUGCGCGGGUUCGACCAGCAGAUGGCCACCAUGAUCGGUGAUUCGAUGGUGGAGAAGGGCAUCAGCUUCCAUCACCGUUCGCGUCCACUAGCGGUGGAGAAGCAGGCGGACGGUCGGCUGCUAGUACGGUACGAAACGGAAACCGAGGGUGGUACCACUACGGCGGAGGACGUAUUCGAUACGGUACUGUUUGCGAUCGGUCGUCAGGCGGAAACGGGCACGCUGAAACUGGCGAACGCCGGUGUCGUUACGGCCGAGGGUGGCAAAUCGGACAAGAUCGAUGUGAACGACAUCGAUCAGACGAAUGUGCCACACAUCUACGCGGUCGGUGACGUGCUGUACAAGAAACCCGAACUGACACCAGUUGCGAUCCAUGCCGGGCGUAUCAUUGCCCGUCGCCUGUUCGGUGGGUCGGACGAGCGGAUGGACUAUGCAGAUGUGGCGACCACCGUGUUUACGCCGCUCGAGUAUGGAUGUGUCGGGUUGAGCGAGGAGGCAGCGGAAGCGGCCCACGGCAAGGAUGGCAUCGAGGUGUACCAUGCAUACUACAAGCCGACCGAGUUCUUUGUGCCGCAACGCUCCGUACGCUACUGCUACCUGAAGGCGGUGGCCCUGCGCGAAGGCAACCAGCGUGUGCUGGGACUUCACUUCCUUGGACCGGCCGCCGGUGAGGUCAUUCAAGGGUUUGCUGCUGCCCUCAAGUGUGGACUAACCAUGCAGAUUCUUCGCAACACCGUGGGCAUUCAUCCGACGGUAGCGGAAGAGUUCACUCGGCUCGCCAUCACCAAGAGUUCCGGACUGGAUCCGACACCGGCAACCUGCUGCAGCUAAACGCAGGUC